AUGAAGACAUUCCAGACACGACUACGACUGGGACUAGACCGAAAGACAGGCGAAGGACGUCGGUCCCGAAGCCUGACGCCGACACGAUUCAUGCGUGCUUGUCCGGGAGAAGAGGGACGAAAAACAGCCGUGCACGACCUAGAGUCAUCCAGACUACCGAGUUCUCAAUCGCAUCGGGAGGACAGAACACCCUCCCGGCUGGCCUUGAGACGGCCAAAGUCGAGGACCAACGGAGUCAGCCACUCACCUAUUGACAACUACCAACGAAAGCACUCGGAUAGUCUGCUGAUGGGGGUGCAAGCUACAUACUCCCGCGUAGACAUCAACGAUUCAAAUGAACAUCCUCAACCAGGCGAGGGCCGUGGAUUAAACUCGGUCGAACCCUUAUUCAUCGCUCAAAUUUCGGAUCCUAACCGAUGUGUUCUCUAUGGCGACCCUAAGAGCACUGAGGAUGGAGCCGCAGAAUACGUUCCUGUCAGGAGGAAGAUUGGUUCCAAUGAAAUACCUUGUCCUACAGACCCUGUUCGGAGCAGGAGUGGGUGGAAGUUCAAUCGGUACGGAGAUACAGCCAGCUACCCAUUCACAUACAACGAAGCCGUCAGGCAAGGCGAUAGGAACACGCUUAAAUUGCACCAGAAGAUCAACCGUUCACAGCCAACAUUCCACGACUUUGACAAGGAGCCCGGCUCCGUCUUAGAUAUUGGAUGUGGAGAUGGUUCCUGGAUUGAAUCUACAGCUAAAGUGUGGAAGACGACCCGUUUCUUCGGUAUCGACCUUGUGAACAUACAACCAAAAGAGAUGGAUGGAGUGGACGUGGAGUGGAGGCACGCAAACGUUUUGGAUGGACUACCGUUCUAUGAAGAUGGUCAGUUUGACUACGUUAGGAUGUCGAAUUUCUUCCAUUGUGUACCGUGUAAUGAGGUAAGAUACGUUCAUCGAAAUCAAAGUAUUGGGC